AUGAUUUCGUUCCUCAACUCCUUUGGAGUCCAUUAUCGGAAUAGUGAUAUUGCGGAAAAGGUACUUAGUAAUUUUUCCUCGAACUGUGGUCCCAAUUCGUUGAACAUGUUCCUUAAUGGGUCCUCAUUCAACUUUAGGCUGAGCGACGUGACAUCCACAUUUGCAGGCCCUUCUUGGCUAGGUUGUCGUCGCCUUAGUCGGGAAAUGGGGUCAACAUUUGAAUGUACGCGUCCGGCCCGAUGUACGAUCUUCAUGUUGGGGAAUGCUGCAAAUAUCAAACCCCACUACACGAGACCAGUAGGCAACUACACGCUCAACGUGUACCGUCGUGUCGUCAAAAUUCCUUUCCCAUUUGCCAACUGGGGGUUGGACUUGUUGAAGGAUCGCGGCCACGGCGAAAUCACAGGCGUCUGA